GCAAUUCUUCGCGCCGGCCAGGGUGCAAAGGGUGUCUUCUCAACUAGCUAGUGGCAGGCAAGGCUGCCUCAGACGACGCAGGACAGCAUGAGCUAUCUGGACCUCCAGACGGCCUCGACGGCCCUGCUGGCGUCCAUAUCAUCGCUGGAUCUGCCAACCUCAAAGGCCCUGUCCGUGCUCGAGCAGUGGGCCAGUGCCUCGACACCCUCGGCCUCGCAGUCGGACCUCCUCGAUGGCCUCUCCGAGCUCUUGAUCCACCCGGCAUGCACUACCGAUGUCGCCGUCCACUUCCAACCGCUUCUACUCGAGCUGUGCGUGCGUGCACUAAAGUCUUUGGACAUUCAACUAUCCACCUGGUCUGGUCAGACUGCAACCGACGUGCUACACGCCUUUGCCAGCCUUCUCGUCCCCUUCCCAGAGACAUUUGGCACCGCACGACUGCUGUUGACCAAAGAGAGCCUCGGCGACGAUGGCCCGCUCUCAUCUGUGCCGGCAUCGGACUCGAGGGAGCUGCAGUCGACGCUGCUCUCCGUCUAUCGCCUUGCGUGCGCCAGCCCCCUCAUCUUCGAAGACAUCACUGAGCGUUGGCCAGUAGAGGUGCUGUACUCGGUGUUUUCAGACAUCACCACACCUUUCUCCCCGACGACGCGUCUCCUGGCGUUGAGGGCUUUUGCUGCGCUCGAGGGGCUCUCUGAGGCUGCUCGCCUCGAUCUGGAGCGCCAGUUCGUGGGCAGGCCCGUCGACCCGGGGAGCGUCGGAAACGAAGGGUGCAUAGAUGCAGUUUAUGAGUCAGCGUCGGAAAAGAUCGACAUCUGGACGUUGCCCCUCACCGAAGUCGAGAGGGCGAGGAGGAUCAAAGCGAGAUCGACCAACCAGAAGACAUCGAUCGAUGCCUCGAUCCUGAGUCCUAGGGUGGCUUCCCUCGGCUGCAUCCUCGUUCUUCGCCACUCUGACGCUGCACUGUCGGAUACACGAGACGAUACUUUCAAGGAGACAGAGGGCCUUCAUGAUGUGCUCGCGGAUUUGGCUAGGGACAUCGACUCGCCCACGCUCCUCUCUGGCCCCGAGGCCAGUGGCAAGACUACGAUGCUUGCCCACGUCUGUUCCCUUGUCCACCCACGAAAGCGACCAGCACCGAUAUUGACACUGCAGCUGGGUGAUCAGUCCGGCCUCGACGCCAAGUCCCUCAUUGGGUCCUUUGUCUCCUCGUCGACGAGGCCGGGCACCUUUGAGUGGUCCGAGGGCGCCCUGACCCGUGCAGUACGCCUGGGCAAGUGGGUCGUCCUCGAAGAUAUUGACAAGGCCAGCAGCGAGAUCUUGUCGGUCAUCAAGCCACUGGCAGAGGCGCUGGGCCGCAGCAAGCUCAUUGGCAGCCGUCCGAUGCUGGACCUUGGCAGUCGGGGAAAGAUGCGUGCGGGAAAGGGAUUCGCCCUCUUUGCAACGAGGACCAUCAUCAACCCGAGUCGAGAAGACAGGUGGCCCCCCACGUCCUUUCUCGGACACACACACUUUCGAGAAAUCCGAGUGAAGCCACUGACGCACGACGAUGUCGUCGAGAUUGUUUCGCGCUCGAAUCCUGUCCUGGCUGCUGCCAGAGACGCCGCCUUGCUGCGCCUCGUUGACACUUGGUCCGCAGUUGUCGCGGGCUCCAGGCUCCAGGCGGCUACGACGACGAAGCGUCGCGCGGCAACGGCGGCACCUGCAGGGACCCUCAGAACACCGUCCCUGCACGAUCUGAUCAAGUGGUGUCGCAGAGUCGAACGGCUCUUGGAGCGUUCAGGAAAAGCCUCUGCAGUGGCGAAAGCACCAUUCUCGAACCAGGUCGUCCAAGAGGAAGUCUUCAUCGAGGCAUGCGAUGUCUUUCUCGGCUCCUUGGCCGCUCAUGACUCCUCGGACACCAGUCGACACGCUCUACUCGUCGAACUGCUCUCCAAGUCUCUCGGCAUCGACACUGAGCAGGCCUGGCUUUCGAUCCGCGGACGAAUGCCGGAGAUGGGGCUCGUCAAGGGUGGGCCAUCCUCGUCGUCAGCCAUUCGUGUCGGUCGCUGCCAGCUGGAACGCGCCUCUCCUCUCGCUCAGGGGCCUUUUCCCGUCGCAUCUGUCUCCAAGACCUUUGCUCUGACCCGACCCGCUGCACAGCUCCUCGAGAGGCUGGCUGUAUGCGUCUCGCUGGCUGAGCCUGCGCUCAUCGUCGGCGAGACAGGAACGGGCAAGACGACGGUGGUGCAACAUCUGGCCUCGCUCGUGGGCAAGCCCCUUGUGGCGCUCAACCUGAGCCAGCAGACCGAGAGCUCUGACCUCCUCGGUGGCUUCCGACCCCUCGAUGCCAAAUUACCCGCGAUGGAGCUCCACAAUCGAUGGAUUGACCUGUUUGAACGGACAUUCUCGUCGAGGAGAAACGCACGCUUCGUCGAGGCGGAGCGCAAGGCUCUCAAGGCGGAAAAGUGGGCCCGUCUGGCUGACCUAUGGAAGGAGUCGGCAAGGAUGGCUGAGGGAAAGGCGAGGCAAGAGAACGCGAGCGGGGAUGAGGCAGAAGACGCCGACGGCGGCUCGCGCAAGAAGAGGAGGACGGGCAAGUCGACCCAAGUCUCGACUCCUUCUCCGGGUGCAAGUGACGAGAAGGUUGACGAAUGGCCAAGGUUUGCCGAGGAUGCCCAGCAGUUUCGGCUGCAGCACGCGGCCAAGCAGCGCAGCCUCGUCUUCUCCUUUGUUGAGGGGCCGCUCGUUAAAGCGAUACGUUCUGGAGCAUGGGUGUUGCUUGACGAGGUCAACCUCGCUGCGCCCGAGACGCUCGACUGCCUGGCGGGGCUGCUACAGACGCCAACGAGCAGUGUGACGCUGACGGAGCGCGGCGACUUGGAGCCGGUGCCUCGCCAUCCUGAGUUCCGGCUGUUCGCGUGCAUGAACCCGGCUACCGAUGUGGGAAAGCGAGACCUGCCCAGCAGCCUGCGGAACCGCUUCACUGAGCUCUACGCAGCCAGCCCAGACUCGGAUCGCGAGGCACUGGUGAGCAUCGUCGACAAGUACAUCGGCCAGCAUGCACGAGGAGACCGUGGAGCCGUCAUGGAUGUGGCCGAAUGUUUCUUGGCCAUCCGCCGCCUGGCUCAUAGCCAUGAACUGGCAGAUGGUGCGAAUCAGCGACCGCACUACUCGAUCCGCACCCUCGCUCGCGCCCUUACCUUUGCCAGCGAUGUAUGUGCAACCUAUGGUCUCAGGAGAUCGCUCUGGGAAGGCUUUGUCAUGGCAUUCACGAUGCUCCUCGAGCCAAAGAGCAACCAGACGGUCCGGUCUUUGAUCCACGCAAACAUCCUCGCAAAGGCCAAGAAUGCAAGGUCGGCUGCUUCGUUUGUGCCUCCAGCACCUUCGCAAGAUCACGUACAAUUGGGCUCCUUUUGGCUCGAAGCGGGUCCGUUGGCCCCUCAGCUGGCCGAAGAUUACGUCUUGACGGCCUCGGUCCAAGACAAGGUCGUGGGCCUGGCCAGAGCAGCCCUGACCAGAAAGAGCCCCGUGCUGAUCCAGGGGCCCACAUCGGCAGGCAAGACGAGCGCAGUCGAGUACCUGGCCAGGAGGACAGGCCAUCGCUUCGUCCGAAUCAACAACCACGAGCACACGGACGUCCAAGAGUACAUUGGCUCCUAUUCUUCCGAUCCCGACUCGGGCCGGCUCGUCUUUCGAGAGGGCCUGCUCGUCUCUGCCCUGCGAAGAGGUGACUGGAUCGUUCUCGACGAGCUCAACUUGGCACCGACCGACGUUCUCGAAGCGCUCAACAGGCUGCUGGACGACAAUCGCGAGCUGCUCAUCCCCGAGACGGGCGAAGUGGUGAGGCCGCACCCGCACUUUAUGCUCUUUGCCACGCAGAAUCCACCGGGCCUGUACGCCGGCCGCAAGGUCCUCAGCAGGGCCUUUCGCAAUCGUUUCCUCGAGGUGCACUUCGACGACGUCCCUCAGCCUGAGCUUGAGACGAUCUUGACCAGGCGCUGCGCCAUUGCGCCAUCCUAUGCGGCCAAGAUUGUCGCCGUCUUUGUCGAGCUGCAGAGGCGUCGACAGGCAGGGCGCGUCUUCGACAGCAAGCAGGCCUUUGUAACGCUCAGAGACCUCUUCCGGUGGGGUCAGAGGGAGGCCGUCGGCUACGAGGAGCUGGCGGAGAAUGGGUACAUGCUCAUCGCAGAGAGGGCCAGGCGUGCAGAUGACCAGGCUGUCGUCAGAGAAGUGAUUCAGGAUGUGCUCAACGUCCGUCUCGACGUCGACUCGCUCUACCAGCUCUCCUCCACGAACCGGCAGAAGCUCGAGUCGCGCCUGGGCGAAGACUAUGCCAGCGCCAUCCUCGAACAAGCUGGUCAAUCAGGCCUCGUAUGGACGGAGGCGAUGCAGAGGCUCCUCUGCCUCGUCGCAACGGCCCUUCGGUACGAUGAACCGAUCCUUCUCGUGGGUGAGACGGGCACAGGCAAGACGUCUAUAUGCGAGAUGCUGGCCGAGGUAUUUGGCAGGAGGCUUCACACGGUCAAUUGCCACCAGAACACCGACACGGCAGACUUGCUCGGCGGACAGAGGCCGUUGCGCAACCGGGCUGCGCUGCAAGCAAAGGCCAAGAUCGAAUGCGACAAAGUGCUGUCUCAACUGGAAGGACAAGAGGUCAGCUUGGACUUGCAGGCGGCCAGCUCAAAGCUCACUUCCCUACUUGCAAGUGCGACCGUGAACGAAGAAAACUGCACCAAGGAGGAGGCACGGACGGCGCUGAGGUGUGCGAAUCAGAGCCUUGCUCUCUUUGAAUGGCACGACGGUCCACUGGUCGAAGCGAUGCGUAACGGCGACCAUGUGCUCCUCGAUGAGAUCUCGCUUGCAGACGACAGCGUUCUCGAGAGGCUUAACAGCGUCUUGGAACCCGGACGAACCGUCGUAUUGGCCGAGCGAGGCAGUAGCACCAACAAAAACGAUGACACUGCCACGCUCCGAGCCACUAACGGGUUUCAGGUCGUCGCUACGAUGAACCCUGGUGGCGACUACGGGAAAAAGGAGCUCAGCCCUGCGCUGCGGAAUCGAUUCACCGAGAUCUGGGUUCCGCACGUCGAUGCGAGAUCGGACCUGCUCCUGAUUCUUGACAGACAGUGGGCCGGUGUUGGCGCGGACGUCGGGGAGAUGCGGCCGUGGAGCGCUGCGAUGCUCGACUUCACCGACUGGUUCGCUGCGGAGGUUGGCGGGCGAGAUGCCGCCAACAUUGGCCUGAGAGACUUGAUCGCUUGGGCUUCCUUUGUCAAGAGUGUCGUUGCUGGUGGGGAGAUGGCAGUGGAGGUGGCGUUCAUCCACGGUGCUUUGCUGUGCAUCGUCGAUGGCGUUGGCACCCUCCCUGCUACCGCUUCGAUGUCGAGGGACGGGCUGGAACGGCUUCGUGGCCGGUGUCACACCAAGCUGAGCGAACUGGUGGGCGGAUCGCUCGCGCUGGAGGAGGCACUCAAACCGGCGCAAGUCUCGGUUCGAGAGUACUGCCUCUCUGUGGGGCCUUUUUCAGUCGAGAUGGGAGGAGAAGCAAGCUCAGCCUCUUCGUUCAGCUUCGGAGCCCAGACGCCGGCUACCAAUGCGCUGCGUGUCGUGCGGGCUCUCCAGAUUCCCAACAAGUCCAUCAUGCUCGAAGGCAGCCCGGGAGCCGGCAAGACGAGCCUCAUCGUCGCUUUGGCCCAGGCCUCGGGCCACGCCCUGACGCGCAUCAACCUGUCGGACCAGACGGAGCUCGUCGACCUCUUUGGUGCUGAUCUGCCCGUGGAAGGAGGAGCGCCCGGCGAGUUCAGCUGGCGUGACGCUGCGUUCCUAAGCGCGAUGCAGCGCGGCGAAUGGGUACUCCUCGACGAGAUGAACCUUGCCUCCCAGUCUGUCCUCGAAGGCCUCAACUCCUGCCUCGACCAUCGCGGGUCCGUCUACGUUCCCGAGCUGGGCCGCAGCUUCAACAAGCAUCCGUCCUUUCGUAUCUUUGCGGCCCAAAACCCGCAUCACCAGGGCGGCGGUCGCAAGGGACUCCCCAAGUCCUUUUUGAAUCGCUUCACAAAGGUCUUUGUCCAAGCGCUGGAGCCGGAGGACAUCGAAAUCAUUGCGGGACACCUCUACCCAAGCUUUGAUCAAAUCUCGUUGAAGCGCAUGAUCCGCUUCAACGCCAGCUUGCACGACGAGACAAUGGUCAGGCACUCGUUUGGGCGAGCCGGUGCGCCGUGGGAGUUCAACUUGAGAGAUCUUCUCCGGUGGUUGAACCUUCUCCAUGCAGACCUGGGUCUGAACUGGAGAGGAAAGGACCCGAUCGAGCAUCUCGCCUCGCUCUAUAUCCUUCGCUUCAGGACGCUUCGCGAUCGAGAGGCUGCGGCGGACCUCUUUUGCAAGACCUUUGAGAGGGAUGUGCCCUUCGAUGUCGCGGGUUACCGGCCCUGGCCACUGAUGACUCCACACCGAGCUCAAUUCGGCCAUACAAUUGUUCAGAGAAGCCAGCAAGGCUCCAUCGGUAACAACGAAGACGGCGGAGACAACCUUGGCAUCGAGAAGGAACAGCUGCCCGCCCUUGAGGCCCUGGCUGAAUGCGUUCGCAUGGCCUGGCCUGCCAUUCUGUGCGGACCCAGCCAGUCGGGCAAGACGUCGCUUGUGCGCUAUAUGGCCCGUCUGACAGGCAACGAGCUGGAGGAGCUCCGCAUGAGCAGCGGGACAGACACGAUGGAUGUCCUGGGCGGCUUCGAGCAGAUCGACCCUCUGGCGCACGCCAGGAAGGACGCACACACGCUGCGGGAUGUCGUGAGCAAGAUCAAGAGGACCGAGCUUGGGAGGAUCGGACGGCAGGGCUUCGAAGAUGUGUGCAGGAUGCAGGAGACGCUGAUCGGGGUCUUGAAAGAGGUCUCGACAACGGACGAUGGGACUGCAGCUCGUUUGAGGACCACAGAGGCAGUGCACCAGGUGGCAUCCAGCCUCGUCGCCAGCACUGUUGUCAGCGACGCAGACAAGAAGACAUGCAGCGGAAUUCUGGCUGGCCUAGCUUCGUCUGCGGAGGACGGAGGCAAGGAUGCGGGCAAGUUCGCCUGGGUCGAUGGCCCGCUGCUGAGGGCAAUGAAGCAGGGCAAAUGGCUGCUCCUCGACGAUGCCAACCUGUGUUCGGCCUCUGUUCUUGAUCGACUCAAUUCGCUCCUCGAGCCUGGCGGGAGCGUCGUCCUGAGCGAGCGAGGCGUCGGCGAUGGCAGCGGAGAGGGCUCCGAUCAGCAGGUGCCCGUCAUUCGCCCUCACGCCGACUUCCGAAUCUUCCUGACACUCGAUCCCAAACAUGGAGAACUCAGUCGGGCGAUGCGAAAUCGCGGCCUGGAAAUCUGCCUUGUUGAGCCGACCUCGACGUCGGCAAUCCAUGACGAAAGGUCAUUCGAGGCCCAUACGCUUUCGCAGGACUCGCAGCUGGUCCUGGCGAGACAGUGGGCCGCACCGCUCUCUGAAGAGGAGCAGGGCGACGGCGCUGGCCUCGUCCGUGAACUGGCUGCAGCUCAUCUUCUCGGCAGUCUCUCCAAGGACGCCUUGGCGUUGGCCUCUCGUAUGGUGCAGGACGCCUUGCCCGUUCAGCUCUUUCAGGAAGACGGUGUUGUGUCGUCAACGCACGCACUCAUCAUCAAGAAUCGCUUUGCGCAAGAGCAGGAAAACAUCGACGCUUUGCUCUUGUCUGAGUUGGGCCCUAAUUUGAGCAUGAAUCCGAACCUCGUCGGCGUACUCAGCAGCGAUGCAUUUGGCGCCAGCCUCUCUCUUGGCGUCAGAGUCCUUCAUCACUCGCUCGACCUGCAGAAGGUGGUGGAGAGUGCUCAUCGCAAGAGCUCGACCUCUGCGAAGAAGGAUCAUCUCACAGUUCUCGAACGCUCAGCGCUGUCGUCGCUUGAAGGAGACGGCGAUAAGAGCCCCUCGAGUGGUAGCAGGGGUGCAUCGUCGAGUCACGACAUUGCUACCUUCCCCUUCAUCAGAAGCGUUCUGGCGGCUAGCCAAGAGCUCCUUGGCGUUCUCACACGUGAAAUCACAUCUGACGUUGGCGACCAGGGACUGGCAAGCUCGCUGCUUGGCUGGAUGACAAAGCUGCUGGACCAGACGACGUUUCUGGCGCUCUCCUGGGCGUCCAAUGGAAUCUUCGACUAUAGCGCCACCACCGUUGUGGCGCAGGAGAUGGACAAACUUCUUUCGUCUGCCCUGCUUAGCGGCUGGGCGGCCUCGUCUGCGCCAUUCGAGCAGGAAGAAGUGGGCAAGAGGUUGGAAUUGUUGGGCGCCAAGAGGGUUCUUAAGAGCGGGUUGGCCAUGAGGGGCAUCUGGCAGGCAUUCUUGCCGGGCGCUGAUGCCGGUCAAAAGCAGAUUACGCUCGAUGCAGAACUCUCGGACUCUCUCUCGGGUCUCCAGCAAGGACUGCGUAGUGCAGACCGACAAAGGCGAGACGUCAUCUCGAGCGGCAUCGAUGUGGCUGCCACGCUGGAGCUGGCCAUCCUCGGUGGGCAGGAAGAGUCCAUGGUAGCAAGGAGGCAAGAGUUGCUCGAGAUUGCAACCCGGGUCAAGCAAUCGCUCGAUGCGAUCCAGAGAGGUGCUGGCACGGUUGACGAGUCCGAAGAAGACGACUGGCUGAGCGAGGGAGAAGGACUGACGCUGUCGAGUCUCCUUCUCCUGUGGAGCACUGCUGAUGCACGAGACGCUCAAGCGGGUUUGCAGGCGUUGACCGACCUUGUAAAGAGCAGUAAGCGGUAUGCGCUGACGUCUGCCGUGGCGCUUCGAAGGGCGUCGUGGAAGUCGACUGGGACUAUCGAAAUGCAGACGACUGUCGAUAUCGUCCGCGGCCUCUGGAAGGACCGUAUCAAUGCCGAACAAGCCCACAGCGGCCCGCAGGAUCUCUUCCGUCCCAUGCUCCUAUGGACGACGCUUCGGAGGUGCCUGCCGAGAAGGACGUCGCUUGCCGAGGUGGUGCAACGCAGAGAGAGCCUGACGUGGCUUGCCUCGGCUCUUGGUCUCAGCCUGGGGCCAUCUCGGAGACAGUCGACGAGAGCUGCGCUUCAGCACACGUUUGAUCACCUCUCGAGCUGCCUCUGGUACACCGUCGAGGAUCUCCACCCGGGUGUCGGCAACCUCAUCUUCGUCCAAGAAGGAGCCCAGACGGCUCUCGAGUCGCUCAAGCGCGUCAUGACAGACAAUGCGGCCAGCGAGGAUGCGACUUUCGCGUCGAUCGUCAGUGACUGGACCGAGUGCGCCGCACAGGUUCAGGACCCAUCUCCGUCGCUGGCGCAGCUGGGUGCUUCGAUGGUUCGCUUCGCCUCGUCGAUGAUCCACCUCUACGUCCCCAACGUCGCGAUCGACCCGCUAGCCGUGCAGAGGACCAAAGAGGCUAUGGUAGAGCACGCUCUAAAUCGCAUCAACAUCGAGAGAAAGUUGUUGCAGCAGCGCGCGGAGCUUAUCACUGGAAGCAUCGCUCCUUCGACUGUCUGGACCAGGGCGUUGGAUGAAAGGGCACUCGAAGCCACUUCCGGUCGCGAAGAGAGACGAGGUAAAGUGGUCAUCAAUCGAGAACCAGCGCCGCUCGACGUCUUGGCGAGGCUCCAUGGCGAGAUGAAGUCUUUCGUCGACCAAGUGCUGGAACAAGGCAAGCUCAUGGACCUCAUCGACCGCCUGUCGUCAGAAGAAGCCGCACAGGGCGACAACGACGAUCACCUUCGUCUAGUUGCGCGUCUGGCGAAUUUGCAAGCUUCCGUCUCGUCGCUUCUCGAUCGCUUCAGAACCAUCUAUGCCUCGCUGCACGACCUUACACAACCCUUGUCACUGUGCUUGAGCCUCAUGCAGCUGGGACUAGGUGCGCUCGUCCAGCAUGCACGAUGCAGCAAGCGGAGCACCAUGGCGAGCAAAAACGCCGAGGUCGUCGACAUGCUCGUCCGAUUCCCUACGGUCGAUGCCAGUGGGCGAUUUUCGAAUCUUAUCGAGGUCCCACUGAGGCUGCGUGCCGAUUCUAGGCUUGGUUCACUCGCUGUUCCGACGCUUCUGACAAAGCUGGCCGCCAUCGAGCAUGAACGCCAGAAUGGUGUGCCAGCAUCAGUGCAUUUCGCGGAGCGAGUCAGCAGGACGUAUGACCAGCUCGCUCAUCUCUGGAGCCUGGACAGGCAGCGCGAGAGCAAGGAGGAGCAGGAAAGCAAGAGCCUGUACCGAUCACAGAAGAUCGACGUCGACGUCGAGGACGACGAUGUGCUGCAGGAGAAAGAGUUUGCGACGCUCUUCCCUGAGUACGAAGACGUCAUGGCCUUGCGUGCCUCUACCGCAACGACGAGCAACGGCAAAGAGGCAAAGGCAAAGGACUUUUUCUCAUCCGAGUCCGUUGUCAAGCUCUACAGGCUGCACAUGGCCCUUUUCACAGAGACACACGAGGACGACGUGCAGAGGUUCGCAAAGUGGCGAGUCGACGUCGUUAACCGUCUGAUGGGGCUCUACUACCAGGAGACGGACGAGUCGCUCGACAGUGUCAGCAAGGCUUUCCAGCUCGAUGUUAUCGCAUCUAGGCUGCCGAGCCAACACAAUCGUCCAGACAGCGAUUUUGACUUCUACCGCGACGCUGCCUCGAGUGAUCAGGUCGCAAGGAUGCUCGGCGUGGUCAACUCGAUGCGGUCCCGCUUGGAAGGCCUGAUCGACCAGUAUCCCGACCAGAUGGUACUGUCGCAUCUGCGGGAUCGGUGUGAUGCCAUUCUCUCACUCGACGCAGGUUCAUGCCCCGUGGCCCGGCUUCUUUCGGCCCUGGAGCAGCUGCUGCUCCACACAGAGGACUGGCAGGCCUUUGCGAGCAGCCAGACAAGCCUGGUGGAUCAGAGGUCACUCGUCUCGGGUCUCAUUAUCGAAUGGAGGAGGCUGGAGCUCUCAAGCUGGGCGAAGCUCCUCCAGAGACACCAUGAUGAGGUCAUCGAUGCCGAUGGUGAAAAGUUCUGGUUCCAUCUGUUCGAGGCUGCCAUCCGCGCGCCUUGUCAAGGUACCGCUUCAGAGGACGGAGAGCACAUCGCCAAGCUCGUGACAUUGCUCGACGAAUAUGUCAGGACGGCAAGCCUGGGCCAGUGGCAGGCGAGACUCGACCUGCUUGCUUCGUUUGCGCGCUAUGCUAGACUCCUGUCUACCCAAUUCGUGCAGCUCGACACCGUUGCCAAGGUCCUUUUCAACGUCGUCGCCUUUUACAGCCAGCACUCGGAGGGCGUGCAAGCGCACCUCGACCGGCGUCGCGCAGUAAUCGAAAAGGAGAUUGCAGACUACGUCAAGCUGGCCAGCUGGAAAGAUGUCAAUGUCUUUGCGCUGCAGCAAAGUGCCAAGCAGACGCACCGCAAGCUCCACAAGUGCGUGAGGAAGUUCAGAGAUGUGCUGAGGCUGCCGAUGGACCCGAUCUUGGCCGAGCUGGGCGAAGCGAGCAGCAAGGCCAAGGGGCUGGACGUCGUUGUUGCAGCCUCGAACGGUGAAUCGACUGGCAUCUCCACCGAGAGUGGAGUCGUCUCAUUCAAGGCCGGACCUCAGCGAUGGCAAGGGGCGCAACAGACCAUGAGCGCACACCUACUCGACCUCUCGACGACGUGGAAGCGCCUUGAGGGCCUAACGCACCGGGACCUGGGCAUGACUAUUCUGCAACAGCCCCAGCAGACAUCUUCGGGCCUCUCUUCGCUGGCUUCGCAGAUUCUCGAGCGCUCCGAGGCCCUGCGGAAGCAGACACCGGCGACGUGGACAGAGGACACGGCAAAGGCAAUCAAGAGCCUCGAGACGCGCAAGCGAAAGGCGUGGUCGGACCUGCUCAAGGAGCUGCGCCGCAUUGGUCUCUCCUCGGCCCUUCAGCAGAGCCACCAGAAGAUCAACGAGCCUGCGUGGGUCUACUCCAGGAGCGCCACCGAGGGCGCGCUGAAGACUGGAGAGGACGAAGAGGUGGAGAAGAGGUACUUUGGCCUGCUCAAUCUCGUUCCGAGGCUCAGAGGAAACAUCACGAGUGCCGAGAGGAGCCCAGAUGUGCUCGUCACGGAGCUGCAGCGGGCCCAGGGAUUUGUCGAACACGCCGCCACGCUCGUGGUGGAGGCGCGGCAACGGUCGCUGGAGAUGAGAAAGCCUUUGGCGUCGCUCCAGGCCUUCUCGAGCAGGACCGCGGUGCUGGCAGGUGGUCCAGUCCACUGUGGCGCGGGAAGCCAACAGGCCAAGCUCCAGGCUGUCGAGGAGCUCGCAGAUGCACUUCACAAGAUUCUUGCCAGUCUCGAGGAGACGCUGCAGCGAAUUCUCGGUCAGUCUCGGCUGCUCUCCUCGUCGAACAUCGAUACGUUCACAUCCGAGCUCCAGAGGCGCGCCGAAGCUGUCCGAGAGUGCGCGCGGGGCGUGGCAGCUCUAGCCAAGUCGUUCAGGGACAGCGGCCUUGUCGUGGUCACGCAUGACGAGGGCGACCUUAUCGAGCGCUGCACCGGCGAAAUGCGAGCGACACUCGAUACGCUCUCUACCGCACCACACCACCUGACCAUCUGGACAGGCGAGCUCCGACAAUUCCUGGACGGCCAGAACGACGUCGUUGAGCGAAGCAAAUCGAUCCUCUCUUCUUCUUCUCAAGAAGGUGACGAAAGAAAAGAGCAAGACGAACACGAGGCAGGAAGGAAAUCGGACCGUAUCAUUUCCUUGGUCCUCGUCGUCAUGCAGGACCUCACCAAGCUCGACAAGCCCGAAGAGCAAGAAGACGAGCUGCAAGACAAGGCAGUGCCGGCCCAGCAACGCCGACUGGCCAAAGUCGAGUCGCUUCUGCGCCUCGACGAGCUGAUGCGCGAGUUUUCUGAGUUUGCAUCGCUCUGUAAUGGCGUCUCAUCUUCCUCGGGCGGUGACGUGAUCCGCGACGCGAUGCAACGCCUGGCUCCGUUUGCAAGACGGUAUGCCGAGAUUGUCCAUGCGCACCUCGAAGCUGCCAGACGCUUCAUCUGCGCCCUCCUCAAGCUGGCCCACGUCGUAUGCGUGCUCGUCGUCAACCUCGCCAAGCGCGGCUUCUGCCGGCCUCCGCCCAAAGAAGAGGAGCAGACUGAAAAGGGCGGCGGAGACGGCCAGGAGGCGCUCGAGGACGAUGGCGGGACGGGCCUGGGCGAUGGAAGCGGCAUGAAGGACAUCACCGAUCAGCUGGGCGAGGAUGAGGAGAUGGAAGAGCUGCAAAAGGACGAGGACAAGGACGAGCAGGAGCAAGACGAGGGCGACAAGAACAAGGAGAAGGGCGCCAAGGAGAUGGAGCAGGACUUUGACGGCGAGCUCGAGAGCGUUGAAGGCGAGGAUGAGGCCGAGGAAGAUGGCGAAAAGGAGGAGCAGGAAGAUGGAGAGAUCGAAGAGGCCGUGGGCGAAGUUGACCCGCUCGAUCCUGGUGCCGUUGACGAGAAGACAUGGGGAGGCGAAGAUGAAGAAGAGAAAGAAGACCAGGAUACCAAAGAUGAGACGGACAAGGACCUCGGUGGGAAGGAUGCCGAUGAUGGUGGGCAAGAGCAAAAGAAGAAAGACGGGAAGAAGGGAAAAAGCCAGAAGGAGCAAGCAAACGAAGGAGCGGGAGAGCGAGGCGAAGAGGACGGCGAGGAUGCAAAAGACGAUGGUGCUGAAGACCAAGAUGACAGCGCUGAGGGGAAGCAACCAGAUGAAGGCGAUGAUGGCGAGAAGCGGGAAGGAGAGGAGCAGGAUCAAGAGCAAGAUGAAGAGGCGGAUGGCGAUGAUCCUGAUCGCAUGGGCCGGCAGGUGGAUCAAGAGGCAACGCAGGGCGAGAACUUGGAUCUGCCUGAGGACCUCAACAUCGAUGGCGGCGGUGAUGAGGAAGAAGAAGACAAAGAAGGCCGAGACGACUUUUCGGACCUCGGCGACGAUGACGAGCACGAAGGAGGCCCGGAUCAGGACGAGAAGAAGCCAGACGAGGGAGGCAUCGAGGUCGACGACUUUCCAGAGGACGGUGAGGAAAAGGAGCAGCUCGACAAGGUUGAUGAUGACAAUGGAGAGGAAGAUGGCCAAGAUGAGAACAUGGCCGAUGGAGAGGUGCCCCAUGACAAGGGCGAGGAGGCCAUGGACGAAGAGGAAGAAGACGGCGACGACGGCGACGAAGCACCACAGAGUCAGCAACAAGGCCAACAAGGCCAGGAUCAGCAGCCUCAGCCACAGUCCGGGCAAGACAAUUCGGGCGACGCUGCUCCCGCGCCGGACGCUGGCGAUGUGGGACAGGAGGACAACAGCGCUGACCAACAGCAACAGUCGACUCGCGGCGCACAAGGUCGAAUGACAAUCCCAAUGGACGACUCUUCCUCUGCCUCCCAGGGUGCUCAACGAGGCGGCCAAUCUUCUUCUCAACCUCAACAACCGCCUUCUUCUGCCGACGAGCCAGCUCAAGGAGAAGAGCCAUCCGCCGCAGAAGAGGGAGCUGAGGGACAGGAAGACGGAGAAGGACAAGACGCCAGCCAGGAUCCUAACCCAGUUCGAAGCCUUGGAGACGCCCUUCGCGACUUCAGGAGGGACCUCGACGCCAUUGAGGAGAGGAUGGCCAAGGAGGAAGGAGCCGAAGAACAGGGCGGUAUGCCGGAGGACAGUGCUGCCACGGCCUUUGAGCAUGUCAACGACCAAGACCAGGACGCAGACAUGCAGCAAGCCCUUGGAGCGGCCAAGGAGGAUGAGGCUAGGAACCUCGACGGCAUCGUGGGAGGUGACGAGGACGAGGAAAAGCUCGACAAGCCUCCGGUGGGCGACGUAGACGAGACGAUGGAGGCGCGCGAGGAGCGUGAAGCGCUGCCUCUCGAUGUCAACGAGCAGGAAGACCGACAGGAGAAGCAGAAUGGCCAGAAACGGGGCAUGCUCGCUUCCGAUCUCGUUCAGGGCGUCACAGCGGCUGACGACGACGAGGGUUCUGGCGAGGAAGAGCUGGCGACCAUCGACGGUGAAAGGGAAGAGGACACCAACGACCCCUUGCCCGAGGAGGAGCGCCAGCUGAUCGAACAGUCGCUCGAAGACCAGCUCGCCGCCUUGUCUGCAAAGGAUGACGAGAACGACGAUGGCGGAGAAGCAAGCGAGGAAAAGCGGCAAAGAUUCGACGAGCUGUGGAAGACGUAUGCGUCUCUGACGUCGGAUCUGUCGCUGCAGCUAUGCGAACAGCUACGCUUGAUUCUGGCUCCAACACUGGCCACUCGCUUUGCCGGCGACUACAAGACAGGAAAGAGGCUCAACAUGCGCAAAAUCGUGCCCUUCAUCGCGUCGGACUUUGCAAAGGACAAGAUCUGGCUCAGGCGAUCGAGACCUGCGAAGCGAGAAUACCAAGUGCUUCUCUCGAUUGACGACUCAAAGUCGAUGAGAGAAGGCACGGGCAAGCGAGUCAGGCUGGCUUAUCAGACCCUCGUCCUGCUCAAGGGCGCCAUGGACCGGCUCGAAGUGGGCGAGAUCGCCAUUGCCAAGUUCGGGAGCAAGAUGGAGCUCCUCCGCGGCUUCGACUCCUCGCCUAUUGCUGCCGAAGGGGGCGAUGGGAGGAUUCUCGAGAAGCUCACCUUUGAGCAGCGAGGCACCGACGUUCUCAACCUUGUCGAGAACUCGCUUGGCUUCUUGGCCAGGUCGAGGGAAAGGACUUCGUCAAUGUCAGGGAAGGACCUUUGGCAACUCCAGCUCAUUGUCUCUGACGGCAUCUGCCAGAAUCAUGACAAGCUUCGGUCGCUUCUCCGUCGCGCCCACGAGGAAAAGGUCAUGCUCGUCUUUGUCAUUGUCGACUGUCUUCAGUCCGACGGAGACGAACGUCCAGGUCAACAGCAGCAGCAGCAGCAGCAGUCCAUCGUUGACCUGUCAUCGGUGUCGUACCACACCAACCCUGCCACAGGCAAGCUCGAGAUCAAGAUGGACCGGUAUCUCGACAGCUUCCCCUUUGAGUACUUUGUCGUCGUCAGCAACGUCGAGGCACUCCCAGAUGUCCUCGCCACAACGCUGAGGGAGUGGACACAGCGCAUCGCAAACAUGUAA